AAACUAGACUCGCGUAGUAGAAUGCAAAGUGUUGAGCCAAAGCUAAAUCUGCUCAGCAGUUUAACUCUAGUGGCAAUUUUUUAUGAAAUCGCUCAGCAAGAGCUGAAUCCACUCAAUGGAUUGACUUAUUUUGAUGAAACCACCGAGCGGGAAAUGAAUCCGCUCGA